AUGUCGGAGACUGGGUCACGCUCUCCGGUCCCUCCUCCUCCACCGCCACCGACCCAGAAGUACUCGCAUCGGGCUGCCAACGCGCUCGCCCGUUUCGCGCCCUUCUUCGGGUCGAGACCCCCCAGUCCGCAGAACAGCCGCGUCGAUGGUCCCCGGUCAACCAGGUCGAAAUCGCUGCCGGGCGAACCGCAGACCGUCACUCACCGUACGGGCAUCCCCAUCGUCGCCCUAGAUAUCUCACCGGAGCGCACCCACGCCGUCAUUGGCGGCAAGGAUAUCCUCAAAACUAUCCGCGUCUCGCCUGAUCACUCGUCGGAGGAAUUUAAUAUUCGCAAUGCGGUUAUCAGUUAUGCAUCCACCCACCAUGAUGCGGGCGUGUCGAUGCCACACAAGGACCAGUUGAAUGUCAGAGACGUCAAGUGGUCUCAUGGCAAUUAUGACCGGACAAUCGCAACUGCGGUCGCCAAUGGUCGGAUUGUCGUCUACGACUUGCAGCGGCCCGGCCUCCAAUUAUGUCGCUUCCAGGGCCACAACCGCCAGGUUCACAGACUCGCCUUCAACCCCCAUCUCGCCUCUUGGCUACUCUCCGGCAGCCAAGAUGGUACCAUUCGAAUGUGGGAUCUGCGAUCCGCCUCUGCGAAUCGGGGCCUUUCCACGUGCGGCAGCAAGCAUGUGUACCAUGGCAAUAGCGAUGCCAUCCGGGACGUCCGAUGGUCUCCCACUGACGGUGUCGUGUUUGCGACCGCCUCGGACAGCGGCGCCAUUCAGAUGUGGGAUUCGCGCAAGACCAACGCCCCGUUGAUGAGGAUUGCGGCUCACGAUCGCCCUUGUUUCGCGGUCGACUGGCACCCCGAUGGGAAACACGUCGUUAGUGGUGGCACGGACCGGCAGGUCAAGGUCUGGGAUUUCUCAUCGUCUGCGGAACGACGGCAGAAACCUGCGUUUCAGUUCCGAACCCCCCAGGCCGUGACGAACGUGCGGUGGCGACCGCCAUCGUGGGUAGGCGACUCGCCCUCAUCAGGGGAGUGGCAGUCAUCCCAGGUCGUGACCUCCUAUGACAAGGAUGAUCCGCGAAUUCACCUAUGGGACCUCCACCGUCCACACGUGCCUUUCCGUGAGUUUGAUCGCUACGACUCCCCGGCCACCGAUCUGCUGUGGCACUCCAAAGACCUGCUGUGGACGGUCGGCGAGGUAGGGGCUUUUACCCAGGCCGAUCUCCGCUAUGCCCCGACUGUAAUCAAGCGCAGGCCGAUGUGUUCAGUCGCAUGGAGCCCAAAUGGUGACUUUGUAGCGUUCGCCCAACCGCGACCGAGGCGACGUCCACUGGGUGUCAGUGCCUCCGAAUUCCUUCACCAUGAUGACGACAGGGCCAGCACCGGUGAACGAUCUUUAAGUCAUAGUCCGGCGGAGGACAUUCUUGAUGAUGUUGCUCUGGCUUCGUCGCUUCGGUAUCCUCAGGCCAAGCCCACCACGGUCCGACCAUCAAAGUCUUUGGGCAACACCCCUCCAGGUGGAAUAGACAUCAUUCCAGUCCUUCCCCUGGAACAAGCUUUGGCCAAGAGCUCGACCUUAUUUCCCAGUCAGUUGGGGGCUAUUGGAAGCAUUCCCGGUGCGACAAACGAUGCAUCCCUGUUCCGGUUCUUGGCAGGCCACUAUUCGCCGCUGAUGGACGAGCGCCUCGGUAGGCGAAGCUAUGUCGAUAUUUUGAACUCUUUGAUGGAGUCACUCGAUCAUAAUGCUGAGCGUGCGGAUGAUGUGUCGCUGGCAAAGCUGGCUCAGACCUGGCGGAUUGUCAAAUUUGCCAUCCUACAAGAGCUCCAACGCAAGUCGAGGGAGCAGCUCUCGGGAAAAGGUGGUGUGAAGGGCAAGUCAUCCAAGGAUGGGUUACUGUCCGAUAAGUCACGAGCAGCAGACGAAACCCGCCAGGGGAAGGUGAAAAGUCGACUGUUCAAGGGAGUCAUGGAGACAGAAGGUCCAAAAAGUCGAAUGCCAGAAGCAGAGAGCACGUCAAACAUGACCACGCCGCUUGCACAGCCAUUGCCUGACUCCCCAGAUGAUUCCUGGACAAGUUCCGAUUCUCAAAUUCCUUCAUUAGUUGAGAAUGCCCUCGACCUUGAUCCUCUUCCACCAUCGGUCUUGAGCUCUCAUAAUGGCUGGGGCAUGUCAGGCCCUGAUGCUAGUCGGGUCUCAUCUUUGCCACAAGAGCAAUUGGUAUCUAGUCAUGAUACACACGCCUUCGCGGAGGCCGUCCCAGGCCUUUUACGGGAACCAUUGCAGUCAGACCCGGACAGCGACCAAAGGUCUGCACCUCGGGCCAUCGCCGGCAGGGCGGACUGGCGCAUUCGCGGUCAUCUAGAUCACCCUCGCGAAGGCUCCGAGGACGAUUACGACCAGAAAUUGGAGGAUAAGCGAGCCGCGAUUCGUGACUUUAAACAAUAUCCCAAGAAACCCUUGACCCUUGACACCCCAAUGGAAUCCAACCGCCCUCCCACACUGGAGCGCUACCACAGACAUGACUCGUCAGAGAGCUUCCCAAUGUUCUCAGCAUCCACUGAUAGCUCGCAUCCAUCCAAAUCCAUCGGCGCAUCGUAUUCCUCCAAUGGAAGAUUUCCCGAUCGCUCGCCCUCGGAUGCUAGUCAGGCGGGUGGUCGACCUAGUGCCGCGACAAGAAGGGAAUCAAAUCUGGAACCCGCCGCAGAAGAGCCUGAAGAUGGCAUCGAAUUCGAUGAGUCUGUUAUUGAAAACGAUCGAGUUCAUCUCGAACGACCGUCGAGCCCUCCACAAUUGCUGACAGAAUCGACACCGCUUGAACAUCCGGGCUCAAAGGACACAUUUCCGCCUGAGAAUAUAGUUCCUGUAUCUGUAUGUGUCUCUGCUUAUCCAGCGAUGGCAGGGAUUUAUGAAGAUCUGUCCCAAGUCAAGAUUCCUCUCACUCCCGAUACAUCAGACUUCAAGCCAUGGAGCAUCGAGGCGAUUUUGAAGGAGGCAGUCCGCUAUUAUCACAGCAGCAGCAGUUCUGUUGAUAUUCAAACUGCGGCUCAUCUGCUGCAGAAGUUUCAUGUCCUCUUCCAGGAUUGUGAGAAAAUCCUUCCGUAUGAAGAAUGCGAGAUGAUUUUCAAGUCCUACAACGAAUGCCUUAUUCGGCAUUCAAUGGAUCUGGAAGCUGCGGAACUUCGUCUGUCCUGCGUGCCGACCUACCCUGGCGUCUACGAAUAUGCCCAGGCUGACACUUUCAUCAAUGUCUUCUGCUAUACCUGCCAGAGACCAUUCGAAAACCCAAUACGUGACAAUACUCGUUGCCACCGUUGCAACACCCCGCAAGCACCUUGCUCCAUUUGUAUGAGCGUCGACCCUCCUGCUGAAUGGGUCGCAGCCCAGAUGCAGCGGCAGGCUGAAUCAAAUGGUAGUGCGAGCCCCGACCCAGAAGCCGAAACUAUUUCCCACCUCUCCUCCCAUUCCUCAGCCCCCACCGAGCCAGUCCCCUCCUUGGAGCUUGAAGGUCUCAACCCGUUCACCGCUUCUCGCCCCAAAGGCUCUGCCCUUUGGACCUGGUGUCAGGGAUGCGGCCAUGGCGGCCACAUGGCCUGCAUCACCACCUGGCUGGGCGAUCUCUCCAUCAGUGAAGGAGGAUGCGCCACGCCAGGCUGCUUGCAUGACUGCGGGCCCGGUCCGCGCCGCGAAUUCAAUCGCCAGGCCCUACUCACCGAGUCUAAACGCCGUGACUCGGCCAGUCGCGCUUCCGGCGGUGGUCUCGUGAAGCGCGAUCCGUGGACCAAGGGCGAGAGCAAGGCUGUGGAGAAGGUUCGCGGUAUGCUCGGAGCUGCCGGUGUUGCUGCCGCGACUGGUGGUAGCGGUACCGGGUCCAACACUUCCCCUGGGAGCUCUGUAGGUGGCCAGGGCCAGGUUUCUCCCGGGGCAGUCUCGCCUAAGAAGGUGAGGUUGGUUACGCCAGGCGAGCAGGGCCAACGUAAGGGCCCAACUAGCCGGUCGAACAUUGCACCGCAGGAAUAG